AGUCCUUUUGACCUGUUUGUGUACAUCAGAGUGCAGCCGAUAUGUUCCGCUGCGAGCGAGCGCGCACUUUUAGCGUUGCUAUGGUGACCUGCACAGGAAGACCAGAUUGCGCUGCUGCGCGGUAAAUGGGAGGCGAAGGUUCAGGAUUGCCUUAACGUGACGCAGAGCUGCACCGUGCUUUACAGCAGAAAAUAAGACACUGCGGGGACCAGGGGUACAAGUUGAAAUAGCAGAAUAAUAAAAAAUUAAAGCAGGAACAAAAACACAACAGCAAAACAUGUCCAGCACUUAUGAUACAUGAACUUCAUGAGGAAGAAUAUUAAACUGGUUUAAGGCAGAGGUACGGGGAAACCAGUGAGGAUAUGCAGCCCAGAGAGCGGAUGCGCAAACAUAAAUUUACAGAAGCAGAGCUAGAUAUACUAAUUGAAGAAGUCACCCAGAAAGAAGACAUUUUGUUUGGCUUACAAGGCAACUGCAUGACGACAUAUGAGAAGAAUAAAAUAUGGGUCGAAAUAGCUCACAGGUUGUACGCAGCAUCUGGAAUGCAACGCACAGUAAGUGAGAUAAAGAGGAGGUGGCAAGACUUAAAACGCAGAACUAAGCAGAAGGUUGAAGAUGCACGGUGUCACAUGUCAAAAUCAAGCCCAUCAUCAGCUUUAUACCUAACUGCAAUGGAGCAGAGAGUAUAUGACUCCUUAAAUAUUCACACAGUGGUAAAAGAGGAAGAACAGGACUCCGCUCAUUUACCUGCUUGUGAAGGUACCUUCUCCUGCCAAGAUGCCCUGUCGCCAGUUAUUUGUGAGAAAUUGCCUGAAGCCCAGUCUUCAUCCCUGCAGCUUCACCAAAGUGAAGAAACAUCACAGGUGCCUCCUCUGCCCAAGCCUGCGUCAUAUACCGAACAGUUCCCUUGUAUGCCCUAUGCCAACCAUGAAAUAAAAACUGUUAACCAGGAAUGUAGCCAGAUUUCAUCUCAAAAUGUCCCAGAAUCAGAAAGCAGUCUUUCAGUGGUGAAUGACAUUUGUGACACUCCAUUAACUUCUUUUCCAGGUUUGCGUAGCCCUCGAAAAAUGCACAGCAUUUCCAACCCCAACAGAAUCGUCUCCGUUGGCCAUUUUGAGCAGCAGCUGCUUCGGGCUCACCGGGAACACACUGCUGUUCUCAAGGAAGGUUUCCGAACCCUGACUAGACAAAAUAGACUAAUUUACCGGGAAAUGUGUGAAACAAAUAAAAAUAUUGCACGCAUUGCUUCCCGCAUUGCAGAAAAAAAUGAAAGUGUGUCAGAACUGGCAGAAGAAUUAGUGGGCAUCCACCAGAAAAUCACUGAGAGUAUUGAUGCAACUAAUUGUCUCCAAGAUAGAGUUAUAGAUUUACUGGCUGCUCAGCAGGAGAGGCCCAUAAUUGUUGUUCCCAGUUCAGUUCAUGGUAGCCUUGUUUCUUCAUCUUCCUCGGCUGAUAUGCUGGCAACAUCAAUGCACAGAGAGCAAGGAAAAUAAUGUGACAGCAUUGUUUAGCAGAUGGCUGCUGAACAAGACAGUAGUGCAGUGGUUGUGCUGCUUGAAGUCCAAUUGACUUGCAGUCUGGGAUGCCUCCUAUGUCUAGUCUGCAAUGUCUGGGUGCGUCUGAAUGGGUUUCAGCCUGAGGUAAUGAUUUUCUUGCACUGUUCCAAAUGAGAGGAGAUGAAACAACACUGCAAGCAUAAAAAGCGCAGAACUCAUUUGUAAGGUUGCUGAAACACACCAACCUGCUGUGACAAUCGCCCCUUUUAAACUUUGUUACCUUCUUUUAAAUUGAAUCAGUAAGGUGCAUAGUCUACAAGGAUGAUGGGCAAAUUCAUUGUUCUUCGCCGAGCACGUUUCUCCUCACUUCUAAUCAAUGUUUUCAAUUUUAUGAAAGUUCUAAAAAAAAUUAAGAAAAAAAGACUUUUUCACAAAUACUGUAAGUUUCUUUGAAUAGCCUAUGAGGAGAAAAUGUCAGCGAGUACCAUUUGACGUGCACUGGCAGUGUUUUGAUAUGGAAGAGUGACACUUCUAGGUUCUCCAGUUGUUGAGAGCAAAUUGAACUACAUUGAACUUUAAAACAAAGAUGAAAAUGUCCUCUUUUUUUAGGAAUAUGAAUAUUUUACUUUCCCCAUUCCUGAUUACAUGCUUACAUUUCAAGUUAAUAACGGACUGCACGGGUAGAGGCUACUUAUAAGCGAGCCACUCUUUAUAGGUAUGAUUUUUCUGCUGUUUAUAAAUUGUCUAUUCUUAUACUUUUGUGAAAUGACUGCAUGUAUGAAUGCAAAACAUGUUCAUUGUAAUCAUGUCAAACUUAAAAGAGGACUCAUCACAACACUUUCCAGGGCCUGUGCCAGUAUCCCAAAACAUUUUUAUAUCAGUUACAUGUAAGAAAAAAUGCUGUAGUUUAAAAUUAAAUAAUGUUACUUCAUAUUUUCAAAUCCAGGAAAUAACAAACCGUGAUUUCUGCUAUGGCCGCGUCACCUGGGACAUGAUAUUAGUAACAGUGAUGCUUGUUACUGUCUUCAGUGAAUAGGAAGAAGAAUGGCCAACUCCAAACAAGGUUUGUUUUUCAAAACCCUCACUGGACCAUAUGAAUUUUUUUAAUAAGCAGUGAUGUAGGCAGCUUAUUUUCAUUGUAGCAGGUUUUUAUAUUGGCGACACUUUGCAGGGUUUCCUGUUACCACUGUAAAUGCGUAUUUUGAUCCAGCACUGAAGAAUUGUAGGAUUUGUCUUACGCACCUGUGUACAUUACGCUAUUCACCAUAACUGACAGCAACAUCAGAAUAUAUACUCUUCAAUUUACAUUAAACAAAACAGAACACAAACUUCAAAACUAAAUAAUGAAAGAGAUGUCCUUUUUAAUAUUUGGUAAAACACAUUCUUGUGUUCUCUCCUCCAGCAAUCAAAUAACCUACUUUGACUCCAGGAAGUUUUUUUUAAAAAAAGGACAGGCUAUCAUAAUUAAGAGCAACACCUGGUAUGAUUUGAGUGCACCUAAUAUAGCAAAAAGGGUGUGAGGCCUUCUAAAAGCUGCACAAGUCAGGCUAGAGCUUCUCUACCUGACUAGAAUAGGUCUCGCUUCAGGCAGCCUGUUUGCCAAACGUUACAGGCUGGCUUCGACCUACACAGGCCCAUAAAGGGGAAUUGGCUUUUAAUGCUUAAAAGUAAUGCCCCAAAAUAACAAAAAUACCCUUCAGGAGAUAUAGGGUAAGCCAUAAAAAAAAAAACUCAAGCUUAAUGACAAGGCCAAUGCAGAAUCUUUAUAAAUAAAGAUAUUUAUUUGAAAAUCACAAAGAGGUGAAAAGGCAAAAAAGAAUUUGCCUUAAAAGGCCGUUCAGAGCAGACAAGUCCUCAAAAUCUCAGGGCAGAAGCAAGAAAGCUAAAGUGACUAGCAAAAUCAAUACUUACCAGUAAAGCACUCUAGAACAACAAUCAAUGAACCGCUAAAGGAUCUGCUUUGCAGCUUCAAAUAUAGAGGCUGGGGACGGUCCUUCAGCGGUGACAUCGGGGUAGCCCCGUCUCGUAGGGUUUCACCCACAAAACAGAAGUAACAGAAUAAGUUAAGUAACACAUUAUUAAGUAACAUGUAAUACAGUAGAUAGUAAAUAAAUAAAAAGAAUAAUAGCAACACAAUAAACAUAAAUAUCCUAAACAUCAGGAAAAUAACAUUUUACAAUAAACAAAGAUGACAGAGCAAAGGAAAAUAAGCAUAAGCCAGGGAAAACACUCUAGGUGAAACACAAUACUAUCCAGUCUGGCCAUUGAUAGACAGCACAACAUUUGCCAAAUGUAGAGCCACUCUUAAUACUAGCAACUAAUUACACAUUCUUAACACAAUUCAGUUUUCUAUUUAAUAGUGUAGCAGUUCACAAAAUCUAGUUACAUAAUCUUGACAACUUUCUGUAAUAUUCUCAUUUCUUCUUUUUUAACAGGAUUUUGUAUUAUAUUUGUUUUAGUUUUGAUGCUUGUGCAAACAAAUUGUGAAUUCGCAAGGGCCUUUGUUAUCUACUACUAAAAUAAUGACUUUUGGCUUAUUUUUUUUAUUAACAUAUCACCUUUUUGUUUUUCCUGUAAUGAAGGCAAAUAUUCAUAUAUUGAUAUUUGAUCUAAAAGAAAUUUAUCCUAUACUGUCUUUGUUUUCAACUUCAAUGCAUGUGAAUAUCUUCUCUUUUGAAAACAGCUGGCUGUGUCUUCAGCAGCGGUAAGUGAUUGGGUUUGUUAAAAACUCGAGACUGUUUGAGUCAUCCAAAGCUGUCGUACUAUUAAUUAUGGCUUCCACCUAUAAUAAAAAUAUCUGCAGGCCUUCAUCAUCUGUAAUCUGCUGUCUCAAAACAAUGCUGAGGACCUUACAAAAUGAUGUGAUGCCAGCUGGUGGGUUAAAUAUCCAAAAUAAUUUGUUAAUGUAUAAGAACUUUUUAAAUUUUGGAGUGAUUCCCUUCAUAGAUGGAUUAACUUACAGUCAGCUCCUAUAAAGUUGUACCAUAACCACUUGUCUUCUUCUGGCAGUGAAUCUAUACAAAGCAUUUAUACAACCAUCAGUGUUCAAAGAAUCAGAGUUUGCUAUGGGCUGCUGUUACGGUCAGACAGGUAAAUAGCAGUCGACAUUGUUUAACUAGUUAUAACUCCACUUUAUCUGAAUGGGCUAGAAAUACUGUUUUUCCAAAAUUUCUAAAGGAAAGCUUGUCAGGAUACAAGUAAGCUUCAGGUAAACUUGUAUAUUUUGCUCUCCAGCCUUGAGAUUCACCCUUCU